AGGUUCAUAACAACAUCAGCAUCGUCGUCGAACUUUUCAAUAAUACAACCGAAGCUGAGCAGUCUGUCUCUUCCGAUCAAAGCCUUGAGCCUACCACUUCCAAAAUAUUUCAGAAAUGCCUUUGGUAAGUCAUAAAGUGCCGUUCUUGAGGCUGAUACUCUCAAGGUUCCGAAUUCUAGUGAUAGGAAAGUCUGGCCUCGGCAAGUCAUCACUGAUCAGUCACGCAUUUGGAGUAGGAAAAGAGAUCUUUGCGCACAAUAAGCUAGGCGAGGCCAGCAUCGACAAGGAGCUCAUCUCACCUCGGAACGAAAGGUUUGUUCUCCAUGAUUGCAAAGCCUGCAACGCGAUAUAUUCCAGCGUUCAACUUUUGUUGUCUUCAGUACUUGAAACCAUUUCUAUCUACAACUAACGACAUUUGUCUUGAACAUUUGCUCUUCUUGACACGCUUUCCUCUCUUCAUUAUCGCUUGGUGUAUCUUCUAUAUGAUUAUUAGACUAUCUUUAUAGCGCGCUAGACGUAGC